AUGUGUGCCGCAUUAGUUGCUGCUUCAGCCUGUGCGAGUGCGACUUUCACAUACCCUUCCCUUUUGGGCGCCGAGUUUCUCUCAAUCACGGCAAACUUGGUCCAGAACCUGACUCGAGAGGUCUCUGAUCAACUGUAUUACAACCACCCAUCGAUCUCACUGAAAGGGGUCAAGUAUUGCAACGUCACCGUAACGUAUACUCAUCCUGGUCAGAAUGACACCAUCAACGUCGAGAACUGGCUGCCCAUGGACACCUGGAACAAACGCCUGAUGGCGGUAGGGGGAGGUGGAUACAUUGCUGGUAGAUUCGCUCUUUCCUACGCCGCUAUGGCUGGGGCCAUUGGAGAGGGUUAUGCGGCGACGUCGUCCGAUGCAGGCCUUCCCGCCAAUGCGUACAGUCCCGAUGAGUGGGCUCAAGUCAGCCCCGGGAACCCAAACCUCUAUCUUCUCCAGGAUGUGGCUUCUGUAGCCUUAAAUGAUCAGGCAGUCAUCAGCAAGUCCGUAAUUAACGAUUUCUACGGUCAGCCCCCGUCCUUCUCCUACUGGAGUGGAUGCUCUCAAGGCGGCCGCCAGGGAAUGACGCUGGCACAGAGAUACCCCGAUGCUUAUGAUGGCAUUGCCGCUGCAGCCCCGGCCUUUAAUUGGGCCCAGUUUAUUCCUGCCGCAGCUUGGGCUCAAGUCAUGAUGGAUCUGCUGGACACCUUUCCCUUUCCAUGCGAGCUGAACGCUAUCACGGAUGCUGCCGUCGCAGCAUGCGAUGCUUUGGACGGGAUAACCGAUGGUCUGGUAAGCGAUGCGGCCUCUUGCAAUUUUGACCCUUUCAGUGUGGUUGGGCAGCCAAUCAAUUGUACCGACGCGGGAGCUGUUAUGAACAUUAGUAAAGGAGCAGCCACUAUCGCCAAUCUUACUUGGACAGGCCCAAGAUCAUCCGACGGUGAAUUCCUCUGGUAUGGACCUUACUCCCAGGCCCGACUUACUGGUGCAGCGGAAGCUUCGGGUACCACCUCUGACUUGGGAUAUGCUAUGACCAGCUGUACCAACGGUACCUGUUAUGGUGUUCCGACCGGUCUUGGCGAGUCAUGGCUCAAGUAUUGGGUCGAAAAAGACCCGAAUUGGAACUACACCGCCAUAACAUCUGCGGAUGAGUUUGCCAAAUUGUUUCACGAGUCUGUGAGGCAGUUCGAUUCUGUUAUUGGCACAUCUGAUGCCGACCUCCGAGCUUUCCAAGCUGAGGGUGGAAAGAUGAUUACCUAUCAUGGACUUGCUGAUGGUCUUAUUCCCACUGGCGGCACCGUGGACUACUACGACCGGGUGUUGAAGGUGACGCCUAACGCACAAGACUACUUCCGCUUCUUUGAAGUCCCUGGCCUUGCUCACUGCUCAGGAGGCAGUGGUGGACAGCCUACGGCCACGUUUCAAGCAUUGGUGGACUGGGUUGAGAAUGGAAUUGUCCCCGAAACACUCCCAAUCAGCUUCAAUGACACGGCGGGCGUCUUGAACACGCGGAUUCUCUGCCCAUAUCCCGAAAAGGUGCAGCUUAAGUCGAACUGUACAACAACCACAAGCCCCGAAUGCUUCGAAUGCGCAUAA